AUGGACGCGUUGUUUCAAUAUCUUAUCACUCGUUACGCCUGGUUGAUAGACUCCUAUAUGAUCAAUUACUUUACAUCGGAUUUGUGGAGUGCACUUCCCUCGUCGUGGCAAUCAGCGUUCGAGGAUGCAGAGCCACAAGACUGCAUCUACCUCGUUUCCUCGUCGGGAUGUCCUAGCAAAAUAAUUCCGCCACUGUCGAUUUUAUGCAUCAAAACUAUUGUGAGUCGACUUCCUUCUCGUGAUGUUGUAAGCUCGCCUUCUGAGAUUGCCAAGGCAUGUGCAAUCAACUGGAAAGAGGUAGUCCUUCAUUCAUUAAAUUGUUUGGUGAUACUUUGUCUACCAUCUCCGCGUACCUGUUUACAGCCUCGCGAUUUCUUAGGAAUUACGGCAACAAACAGUCUCCGGACAAAAAUGAAGUUAAAGAAGCAACAUGAGAUUGACCGUGUUGUGGCAGUGGUCAAUUUGUUGAAGGAGAGCGAUAAUGGACCGUUUUUCAACACGGUCAUAGAUAUCGGUGCUGGAAUGGGUCACCUUGUUCGCGUGCUCAGCAUGACUCUUCCUGGCUGCACAGUUUUUGCUAUGGAACAAAACAGUGAAAGCAAAAAGCACUUCUUAUUGGACUUCACCCAUGCGGCGAUUUGUCAGCUUCAAUUCUUCGCAUAUUUGUCGAGUCGCCUGCAGCUUCGGCGGUAA